ACAUCAUAUCAAUAACAAUAGUAAGUAGGUAACAGAUAAAAAAUAAUAUUUUCGUCCAUUCGCCGGUGUUAAUUUAUUCUUAAUUUUUGUUAUUUGCAUCGAAGCAGAAAUGAGACAUUGCAUUCAAUAAAUUGUUGUAAUAAGUGCAUACAAUUAUUAUAAAACUACACUAGAAUACAUCUUCUAUCAGAUCAUAGUACAAUUAUAGUGUGUUAGUACCUACAACUUAUGAUUCUAUAAACAUAACAUGUUCAAAAUCGAGUCAUAUGUGACUCCGAUUUUAUUGAGUUAUGUUGACAAAUAUGUACGAGAUUUCAAACCGGCUGAUGCCCAGGUGUCAUUAUGGGGUGGUGGAGUGGCCCUGCACAAUCUUGUGCUCAAAGCGGACGUCCUCCAGCAGGAGGUGGCCCUCCCCUUCACGCUGGUGUCGGGGCGGAUCCACGAGCUCCUCAUACAAGUUCCUUGGACCAAGAUCAUGUCCGAGCCCAUAGUUGUUACCAUAGAUACCAUAGAAUGUGUUCUGAGUCUAAAUCGUCCUGCUCCUUGUGAUGCCAAUCAACCUGCAGAAACAACCAGUCCAAAGUCGCAAGUAGUGGAAGCGCCUCCGGGAUAUAUGCAAGCGCUGGUCCGUCGCAUCGUCAGCAACAUAGCGCUGAGGGUACACCAUCUGAUCGUGAAAUACGUGCAGGAUGACAUAGUGAUGUCGCUCAACGUCAAGCAUGUGGCGGUCGACAGUGCUGGCGCCAGCUGGCACCCCACUUUUGCCGACAUAGAUUCCUCAUACCCGGUGAUCCGAAGGCUGGUUAGACUGGACGACCUAACACUGUGUCUCGACCGGGCGGACUCCGACGGCAAGAUACGGUACUACCAGGAGCCGCUGUUGUACCGCUGUCAACUCAACUUCAGGGUGUCUACAAAACUAGUGUCAGCGAACACCCGCCGAGCAAGUUCGCUCUCCAUCCAACUUCGCUCGUCCAAGUUGGGCUUCAGUGUGACCAACGACCAACUAAUUCUGUUGAUAAGGUUGCUGAGAGAACGGACCCUUCAAGCGGAGAAGCAACCCGCCCCUCCCGCCAAGACCCCUAAUGAACCUAGAGAAACGCCAACACACACUGCCUCGCAAGGCAAUGUAAGUCAUGCGGCUGAGCCAGUCCGACAGGAGAGCUGGUCGGAGUGGGCGUGGUCGUGGCUGCCGGCGUGGAACGACCGCGAGGGGGGCGUGGAAGAAGCCCCCCAGCCCGCCACCCCCCUCCCCAUCUUCAUCACCGCAUACCUCGAUGACAUCUCACUGGCUUACAAGAUAAUGGAAAUGGAGUCUUCAACCCGGAAGCGCGCGCGCAGCAUACUAGAGUUAAGUGCGGUGCACGCGGCUGUGAAGAGCAGCAUUUGCGCGCCGACCACUAUGCGCGUGCGCUUCGGUACGCGACUGCUCACGCUUUGUUCGCACGGAAAAUGCGUGUGUGGCCACUUGGAUAUUAACGCGACUCAACACCUACCCACGAUGUAUUUCAAACGUGCUGGCGGCACUGAGGACAGGGAAUGGUCCUGGCCCGAAGAACUCAUGAACGAGGCGGAGAAAAUGGAAUACGCUCAGGCCAUAGACGAGGAGUUCCGCGCGUCUCCCGAGCCUGCGCCCACGCAGACCACGCGUGAUUCUGUGCAGUCUCAAAGGCGGUCGUCAGCGACGAGACCGGAAGACGAGACCGAGACCAAUCCGGGCCAACCGGAAGAGCCGAGCCCCGCGGAGCCGCUGGAGGACCUCGACGAGCUGUGGCUCAAAAUGGCGCCGGUGCUGUACGUGGAGUACAACCACGAGAGGGCCCCGCCACAGCGGCAGGACAACCCCUAUGAUAACCCGCCCAAGGAUUUUGAAUACAGUGACUGGGUGGAAAUAUGCAAUAUGAACGUGAAGUUGGACCCCGUGGAAAUAAGACUUUGUAUGGGCCUCAUACAUCGCAUGCAAGUCCUGGAGCAAGCUUUUCAGGACUUGCCGCCUAUUCUUGACCUGGAACUCCCGAUACGUAAGUUAACUGUGGAGGAAAACGAGGCGCUGUUGGACAAUCUGCCGCAGAGGAAGAUUGUGAUUGAGGUGGAAGGCACGAACUUGACAGUCCACCCGUUCAAACAUGGCCACCACGGCCAGCCCACCCACCACGAGAGGCCGGCCAAGUUCCCGCUGCUGCUGGAGGUGGACAUUCCCAGCGCUGUCGUCGUAAUCAACGGCCCUUUGUACCCGCACAGAGUAUGUUCCGCCGCCUGCCAACUACCAGAAAACACGGGCCCGCUGUUCCAAGGCGCCCGGCUCAACAUAUCAGUGGCGCUCCCCUCGCUGCAGUUCCGACUGGUGUCCCCCCGUGACCCCCAGCCGCGGCCCUGCGCCAGGACUGACCUGAAACUGCUUUUGCAUAUUCUACUUAACAAGGGCUACUUCAACAAGCGAGAGACUGUCAGACUGUCCUACUCUAUGAAAAUCCGUGAAGCGAACAUAAGUGGGUCCGCGGCGAGAUUGGAAGCCGCGUAUCAAGUCCCCGCCUCCAUGUUCAGCAGCCAGGCCACCAAUGCCCUCCGAUACACCUCACUGCCCAGCGAUGCCUUCCAUGACGAAGAGGCAGUGACUCUCGAUAUAACUGUUGAGGAGGUGUCCGCCCGCGGGUACCUAACUCAAAGCAUGAAUACUCACAUAAUUUCACUGCAGUCGGCUAGAGCCACGGCCUUCCAUGCUCCUAAAGGCGAGCCCUUGAAACAAGCAUGGAUAUGCUGCGCGCCUGAAUCACCAUCCACAAUACCAUAUCUAAGACUAGCCGUGCAAUGGUGCACAGGUCCGGUACCCGACGCCCUGGACUACCUGGGCAUUUGGACGGAACCCACAGCCUUUUCCGUCGACCCGCUGUUCGUCACGUUCCUCGCUUACAAGCCACAUUUGAAAUCUGAUGGCUUUGCAAGUUCAACUGAUAUGCUGCAGGCGAAGAGCAGCCAAUAUUUCCAGAGACGAAGACCUACUCCUCCCUCGUCAAGCGGGCGCAGCAGCCGCGGGGCGGAACUAGUACAUGUGCGCACGCGCAGUGUGGAGUCAAGUAGUGAGCGUAGCGAAAAAAAGGAACAAAAACCCGAACAUAUUUCACAACCGAAGGAGCUGUUCACCGGUCAAACGCUAGUGGCGUUCUACGAACGUCUGCGCCGCAUGCUCAUAAACAUAGAGCUGGGUUUGGUGUUGGUGUACGUCACCUCGACGACUGUGUCCGCGCUGGACUGCGUCUGUAUCCGUGACGCAAUGGAGCGCCAUGCGGGUAUCUCUUCUGUGUUGGCGCUAGGACUGGGCCGUAUUUCAAUGCACUCGAAUUCAACGAGGAAGCACUUGUGGCAGGACAUUCGGCAUGACGGGCCCACUUUUAUUAAGAAAAAAGAACCAGGAGCUUCAGAAAUCGAUGAAGAUUCUUUCCCAUGGAAGUUGCGUCUAGCGGACAUGUCGUGUUACACGCUCGAAAUAGGGUCAAAUUUGACCGAAAAAGAAGGCUUGGACAAGUCAGCCAGCGGCCUUCGCUCUCAAAUCAAACUGACCACGGCCGGGGUUCACCCUAGAACUGUAUUAGAAUUGACCACCACCACGGUUACCUUAUCUGUGGUCACCAAAUCAUUGCAAAUAAAGAUACCCAUAAAAACUGACCGGACAUCGAGAUCAACCACUGAGAAACCGGGGGUGGAGAAAGUGAAAUACUUCCAGACCGGAGUAGAUUUCCACCCGACAACGCUGAAGGAAUUUCUGCGUGGGCCUGUCAGGCGCAAGACCAUAGAGGUGGAAAAGAAGGCAGAGAAAAAGCCAUCGAUUGAGAGACUGAUGGUCGGGCCAGUUGUGUCGCUAGGCGUGCACAUGCACGCAGACACACCACCUGUCGUCAUCAGGAUAGCUCAUGAUCAGGUCCACAUAAUGGGGUCUGCAAUCCACUGCUUCAAACACAUCAUAACACUUCUGAAGCGGCAGCCUAUCGCCAAUCCGAGGAAUCUUGGCCACCGGUCGCUAAUAAGGACCGUGUCAGAGGUAGAUGAAGUAAGAGACAGUCGCUCCGAGAGCACAAUUAGUGAAAAUCCAUCCGAACUUAUUCCUAUUUUUGAAGCCAAGCCAACAAGUGACAUCGCAUUCCCCGUGAAGAGGUCCUUCUGGUUCCAAUGGGUAGUGAGCCGGGUGACGGUGGUGCUGUCCACGACUCAGGUGAAGUUCGCGCUUGAAAUCGAUGACGCCAUCUCCACCGUGGACCUGCAGGAGCAUUACAACCAGUGGAAGCUGAAAUUGUCAUCCGCUUCCAUCAGACAUUACGAGCGUUCUCCGGAUGAAUGGGUGCCCGGGGUGCUCGGCGGCCGCGUGUUGGAGGUCCGGGAGCCCACCAACUUGCGCGACGACGGCCAUUUCAUAUCCAUCACCAUCACUCAGGCGCAAAUAUCAAACCUUCCUGAAAGUUGGAAAGCGGAACUCCAUCCGAAAAUGCUGGAACGAGGACCGAGUAUGGACACAAUGUGGGAAGUGUACGCGACGCUGUCGCCGUUAGAGGCCGUGUUGCAGCCAAUCACAUUGGAGCACGUGGUGCUGCUGCUGCAGCAGGUGUCACCAAGGACCUACUGCGUACUGACCACCGAGCCUGAACACAGACCGGACCAGUCGUUCCAGUGGCCGUUCAUGUUCAUCACAGCGGGGGGCAUCCGGAUCCUGAUCACGGGGGAGGAAGAAGACGCCGACACACAUGACACGUUCAUAUUCUCUAUGGGCAAAAUAACAGUGACUCCACAUCCUGAAAAUCCAAUUUGCAGGCGGCCAAUAAACUGUAGCGACCCGUUCUGGGCGUCCGGCAACGUGGAGUGCGAGGGUCGCCAGUACGACGUCCUGGUGAAGAAUGUAGCCAUCAAGUCCGCGCAGUUUAGACAGAUCAUCAUCGAGGAAUCGAUGCAAACUACGAAAGGUCAAGAAAAUCCGGCUGUGAAGUGGACCAAGCCCCAGGAACAGAGUGUCGUCACGCCCGUCCUGCAUGCCGUGGACAUAGGCGUGGUGAUCGCGCCCGCUCACUACACGAGCGGCAUACUGGCGUGCGGUCCCGCCGUGGAGAUCAAUUUGCUGACCGACUGCGCGCUAGAGGUCAGCGUGGAGCAGCUGGCGCUCGUGACGGACAUCGUGGAGGACAUGCAGCGGGCCUUCGAGGAGACCGAGUAUUCAGCGCCCCCCAAAGAAGAAAAAUUCGACCUCUGUCCGUACGCGAACCUGCUCACAGGCCAGGAGUACCCUGAUGAGCCCACGAGGCAGUUAAGCACCACAUCUCUUGUUGAUGACUCGGGAAUCGACACCGGGACUAGUACCACCAAGUCCACACGUUACUUCGAGGACAGUCACCCCAUAUCCAAGAAGGUCGUAUCUGUCGUUUUCGCCGAACAACAGUGGACGAACGCGUCUGAGUAUUUGGAGGUGUUCUUCACUAUGGGGAUGAUAGAAGCGUCUCUGUACGUGACCGACGACGCCAGCGAAGAGGUGGCGAGCCUGCGGCCGCCCGCCGACGCCAAGGUUGCUACCACCGACACGAGGCCCACUGUGCAGACUGAACAGACGAACAGAGAAAUUAACGUGCAGCAGUCGAACAAAUCUAACCGAUCCGAGCGGUUGUCUCGCAUUAGCGGCAGUGGACACAGUCUCACCGACAACACUCGCAGGGAAGACGUAGCGCACACCACCAUCAAUAUUGCUCUUCCUAAAGCCGCUAAAAGCGAAGGAAAUCUGCCGUUGAUCCACAUGACGCUGUACCAGCCGAAUUUGUACUAUUGGAAGAAGAAGAAUCAACGUGGGCUACAGGCAUCACUAUUCAACGCAUGGGUGGGACUCGGCUCUGGUGAGACGGAGGGUCAAUGGCACCUGCCACUGCUGUCCACGGCCAAGGGCGUGCCCGACCCCGCCACCGACAUACCGCCAGCGUUGGCUACCAUGAAGAUUGUGGCGCCAAACGGUCCAGUAUUAGGCAGCACCGCGCGUGGCACGAUGAAGUUAGACGUGGAACGACCAGUUCAAUUGGAGGUUAGCCUCGAUAGAAUACGGCGAAUCAAGGGCAUAUUUGCGCUGAUAGAUGACAGAGUGGUAACCGACAGUUCUACGGAAUUACCGACAAUCUCUGAAGAACAUAGCCUGUACAGAUUCCGUCGGUAUAUGACAAAACACGGAAUGGAAAGUCUGACGUUGCAAACGAGUCAGAUUAGCGUGUCUGGGGGCGAGGGCACGUUUGGCUGGGAUUCGGGGUCCAUUCAAAUCGCGUCGGGCACGCGGCCGUCGCGCGUGGUCGUGCGCGGGCUGCUGUGCGGCGUGCUGUGCGCGGCCGGGCCCAGCUCCGACCGCCGCCACAUGCUGCUGCAUCCGCUGCAGCUCGGCUUGGAUGUCCAAGCGACGUGGGAAGCGUGGCGACGCGAGGAAUUAGGUCAUGAUUCACAUUCACCCUCCAUCCGAUCGUCCGUCAAUCUCGACACUGUCACGUUGGACCUGAGGCCGUGUGACCUCGUCACUGUCAACGACUUCAUCGCACAACUGCAAAGCUUCAACAAGAAGAGCGGUUUCGCGCAGAGCAGACAAGACAGUGGUCAUACGCUGCGUCGCAGAGAUUCUAGUGAAAUAUGGAAGACCAAUUCGGCGGCAUCCGCAUCAUCGUUCAAUAUAGACUUGGCCGACCACUACUACAAGGAUGAUUUGAGGAGCGGCGCGUUCAAAAUAGUGAGCGGUGGCCAACUGCCGAUGGCGUACCAAGUGAUGGUGGACGGCUACUCUGUGUCCUGGAGGUACCCGCAUCCGAGAGCCAUCACCAGAAUUGUGGCCUUCCCCAUUCCGGGCCUAGACAAGGAGGUGGACUGCGUGCUUGAGCUGUACAGCCCGAUCCAAAUAAAAUGGAUGCCGCAUACGUACUUCAAGUUACCUGUCAAUGAGCCCAGGGAAAUCAAACUGUUCCCCAGUCCCCCAGAAGUGGUGUUCGCGUUGACAUGGCGUUUCCGAGCUUGCGACGACACGACAGCGAUGAGUCGGCCGUUUGAAUUCAAUGCCUUCGAUUACUCGCCCAGAGAUGAUCCUUUGUUAAGCGACGUAUCGCCGGAGAAGCACACGGUGCCGAUACCGGAGAGCGGCGUGACGGCCGAACAGCUGUCGGGCGUGUUGCGAGUGGACUCGUACUUCGCGCCUCGCAUGCUGCCUCGCGUGCGGGUCGCGUUGCGCCUCGUCUACCUCGAGGUCAACUUACACAACUCUCUGCCCAACAUCACUAGUCGGGCGGCGGCCGAGUUGGAGGGCUACUACGUGUCUCGGCCGUUGAUGCGCAGUCACAGAGUGAUGUCGCUAAUCGUGCGCGACUUCGCCUCCAAUACACACUUCCGGUCGCAGGCCGGUUCGCUCGUUGUCUUCGAGACGAAGCUAUCAGCGGAUAUUCUAGAAACCUCGACGGGUGCCAUCGAGCAGAUGAUAGAGGAGUUUAACGUGCGCGGCUCGGUCUCACUCCCGAUGAAGAAGAAGCCGCGGGUGCGCGUGCGCACGUCGCGCGUACGCAUCGCGCUUCACGUGCCGCGCGUGCGUACUCUGCAGGCCCUCGUGAAGGAUUGGAACGUUGUCAAACAACAAAACGAUCGAACAACACAAGACAAGCCAGAAGAGAAGAAACAGGAGAGCUUCGUGACAAAAGCGGACAUGGCACGGGCGACGGCGACGGCGCUCGAGGGCCGAGUGGCGUUGUGGAUCCACAACAGUUGUGGAUCCGCUUUGCGAGUGGGACAGGAAGGAACUGAUGAGGUGGUGCCUUUGGGGUCCGGCGCCAGAAUGGCUUACAGAUGGCGUUGUCCAACAGCGAAGAAAAGGCUGAGAUUCGCAGUGGCGUCUCCUACAACUGAUUGGCAUUGGUCAAGCAGCAUACCGUUCGUCGCUGGCUCCACUCGCGUCCGGCUCGAAGACGGCGAAAGCAUUGGCGACGGGAAAAUGAUUCCCGGAGCGGGAAUUUUCAUGUACGUGAAGGUGGAGGAGACAGGGGCUUCCAGGACUAUGCACCUCGUCGGCCGGCUUACGCUUGCCAAUAUGCUAAGGAACAAUUUGCUGUUUAAGGUGCGUGCUAGGUGUAACGUGGUGAACCAAUGGCGUACCGUGUGUUCCGGAGAACUGAUGUCCGAAACAGUCGGACGGACGGUUAUAUGUGGGGCAGACUGCGACAUGGUGCUCAAGAUAAAGUUCGCAGAAUACGAGACCGGCUGGUCCGGGGAUAUUCCUUUGAAAGAGUGCCCCAAGGAGAAUGUUCCGUGGUUGGUAAAAGUGCCGAGUACGGGCGAAGUUCCGUACACGUCCGUGUGGUGCCGCGUGACGCGCGCGCGCGGCGACGGCCGCGUGCUGGCCACCGUGUGGCCGCUCUACGUACUGCACUCCGCCCUGCCGCUGGACACCGUGGUAAUGAUAACAACGAACCCGACCAGCGUGUCAACAGCGGAGCUCCCACAAAGCUCGCCGCCCACCCUCAUCCAGACGGCGCCGGGGCGGGGCGUCUGUACACACAUAGCCGCGCCCGGGACCACCGCCGCCAGACAUAGUCUGUCCUUCCAGUACAAAAACAUCGACUGUCCCGUGACCCGUGAAGCGGUGCCGAUGCACUACGGCGUGACGGACUCGUCCGUGUUCGACAAGCGCGCGCCCGUCGCCGACAUCGACGAGAUCGUCAACGAAGUGAGACAAUGGUUGAAUCGUUCGGCCACCAACGCUACCUCUAAUUGGCCGUACUCCUUGGUCACCAAGCAUUGGCCGGGCACUUGGCAGCCAGCGCAACUGCAGCCCCGCUGUGACGUCACGGUGCGAUACCAAGCGGUCCGCGCUGGCGGCGGCUGCAGCCUCGAGAUCCAGUUGUAUCCGGUAGUAUUGCUGUGCAACGCGGCGUCCAUUGCGUUGACGCUGCGCGCGCACGACGCCGCGCCGCUCUGCAAGCUGGAGCCCGGACACGCCAUCUCAUUGCCCUCCGCCGUGCUCAAGAAACCUUUCUUCAUGUCAGUGGAAAUGGGUCGGGAGACAUUUGUGAGCGGGCAACUAGAGCUGGCCAAGGAAGACCCCGGGCGUUAUGGCGCUCCGCCCCCCGGCCAGCUGGCGGAGCAGCACGCGGCCGAGUUCGCUAUACUCUGCAACCACAAGGUGGCGCUACUGACGAUGUACUACGAGAUCAAGGAAAACAUCAACGUUCUCGGCAUCAGCUCAUCGUAUGUCCUUCUGAACAGGCUCGAUGUCGAUAUUUUGGUGUCUGCCAUCGCCGUUCCAAUGGAGAUGGAAUCAAACGUUAUACUGCGCUCCUCCACCUACAAGUUGGUGCCGCCGACUAACAGGGACAGCAUCCACGGCACGCCGCUGGCACGCUUCUGGAUGCGCGGGCGCUGGCGCGGCACUUGUCCCACGGAACUCCGGCUUUACAUCUGUCUGGCCCUGCCCAACCCCACCGAGGGGGCCAACAUUGUGACCGCAGCUCACCCCCCGGUGCCUAUACGACUGAAGAAGAACAUGUCUCGGCGGGCUGUGGCUCUGGUGGACUGGAGGAACAAAUCUAUACCAGUGGUGGUGACGCAGAUGAAGCAAGAUGGCCGCUUCCUGAUCGCGGUGGGCCAGGACCCGUGUCCGCAGUUCGUGGCCCACAACCGCACCGGGACCACGCUCAGCAUCGCCCAGCCGGUCAUGUGCAACGACGAGCCAUCCACUUCUAAUACCACGGCGGAACGCGAAGUGUCCGGCACGCAUUGGUGGUGCUCCAUACCCCCGAACGCGAUCAUUCACUACUCGACGCCGGAGCAUUGCAAACGCUACCCGCCCCCCAUCCCGCCACGACCCUACGCACUACCCUUCCUAACUUUCGCCAAGGCUAGAGAGGAGGUGGAACCGCUGUGGUGCCCCGCAGUGGCGGUGACUGACGGCGAACAGUUGCUCCAAUUGCAAAGCGGAAUGACUGUAAAACUCCGCGUGCGGACCUACCCCCAUUCCACGCUGCUCGAACUGCGAGACAUCGACCAUACGGACAUAUCAGCAAGUGAUAUCAGAAAGAGGCUGUUGGAACCCUAUGUAGUACACUCUGUUCCGAGCUUCGUUAAAAAAGAUCUUUCACGUAUUCUUGAAAGAGUAGGUGGCGAUGAAACAUUAAUAAAAGCGGAGUUGAUGAAGCCAUCGACGGAAUCAGAGGACGCCCAAUCACAAAUCGAGGAGAUGCGCGUGCCGCCGGCGCCGGACGCCGCGAAGGUGUCCAUCACCGAGAUGAGCCCGCUGCUCGCCACCUCCUCCGGGGAACUCGGCGUCAUCAAGGAGUUUAAGUCUGAUGAUAUAAAAAAUUUGGACAGCUUCGCGGACUUGCAAUCGCAAACGGCGGCGGAAAAUGACAAGGCGGCCGAGGAGGCCAACGAUGAAGCGUACGACGAUGAAGAUGAGACACGUGAAAUUUCCCACGCUUCAAUCGACGUGCGGUAUCCUGUUGCAGACUGGGAUGACACGCCCCAGGAGCGCGCGCGGUUCGUGCUUGACGGCGUGAUGGUCGAGAUCGCCUCCACUGCCGACACAAAGCCUUUACUCGCCUUGCACGCGGACAGGCUCGCAGCACAUGUGUCUACUCAUCGACAGAAAACGAACACGACGAUUGCAAUAUCGGACGUGCAGAUCGACAACCUUCAGUACGAUACUGGCCAGUACGACUUCGGCGUGGUCGCGAGCACUCGCAACGAAGUCCCGCCGCAGGCCCCCUGGCCUCCCAUCUGGAGCCUCUUCUCCAACUCGGACGCCUUCAAGACUAACAAGAAGGACGCGCGGAUGUGGGUGAUGGUGCAGCACGAUAUGUGGACCGUGGCCGGGUACACGUACAACGAGCUAACGGAAGUGGAGAUGGCGCUAGGGCCGCUCGCUCUCUACAUAGAGGACGCUUACGUGAACGCCCUGGUGUCGCUGUGGCGGCUGUCGGCGCUGAGGACGCCGGUGUCGGACGCGGCGGCCGCGCUGUGCACGGAGCGCAUCCUGCGGCGGCCGCUGCGACUGCGCGUGCUGCACAUCCGGCCGCUAGACCUCACCCUCACGCUGCACACUGCGGUCCGCAUGUACAUAGCUCUGGACCAGAGCCCGCUGCGGCUGAGCGCGUUCCAGGUGCAGGACAUGAUGACGUCACCGGAGGCCCUCACGCACGCCCUCACCGUACACUACCUCUCCGCCGCUAUCCUCGGCGCUGGUUGGAUGGUUGGCGGUUUGGAGCUCCUCGGAGCGCCCGGCGCGCUAGCAGCGAGGCUCGGCGAGGCCUCCGGCGGAUUGCGCAGCUUCGUCUCAGCGACAGCGGCCGCUUUGUUACGGUCGCUAAGCGCCUGGGCUGGAUCCUUGGCCAGGAACCUGGACAUAUUGGCGGGAGACGAGGAACACGCGAGGAGAGCGGCCGCGGCUAGAAGACGGCCGCCACAGAGUUUCAUGGCCGGGCUAGCGGCGGGGAUCACAAAUUUCGCUAUCAACAUAUUGGGUGCGGUGGGUGGUCUGGCGCACCACCCGCUGGUGGGUGUGGCGGUGGGUGAGACGGAAAGCGGCGCGGCGGCGCUGCGGCGCGGGCUUCUGGGCGCCCUCACCAAGCCGCUGAGCGCUACCGCCGACCUGCUAGCCUUCGCCGGACACGGCCUACUCUCGCAGACCGGCUGGGAUCCCGUGCCGCAGCCACGAAUAACGGACGUCAGCAGAGAACUGCGCACGCAAGCGAGCUGGCGCCGCGAUUGCGUUCGCUGGUGCUUCCGGCUGUGUGAGCUGACUGCUGUGGGCGGCUUCGAAGUGUUGCUUGAUAACGCGCCGCUCACCAUCCUGCUCACACACAAGUUUCUGGUGGUGGUAGACCCCGAGUCGGAGCGCAUCGUAGAGAUGAUAGACUUGAAGUUCUGUUCGCUGCGGCCCUUCCAUGGGGCCAUCAUCGAGCUGACUGUAUCACAAAAGCGUCCAGUUAAGUUGGAAUCCGCACGCGCCGUUGAUGAAGACGACGAAUUCCAGGUGAGCGCGGCGGCGAUGGCGCGCGUUGCACGCUACACGGGCGCGGAGGGGGCGGGGACGGCGGGCGCGGGCGGCGGGGAGACGCGCGUGCUCGAGUUCAUGUGCGCGCCGGUCCGCGCGCAUGCGCUGUACGCCGCACUCACCACCGCCAUACACCACAACGCCGACUCCCACUUCAGCCUCCUGUAAUUAUGAACUGAAACGUGUACUUAUGUAUCUUUUUUUGCUAUGGAUUUAAUUUUUCAGUUUAUUAGUUAAUAUUAUGUAACAAACCUAACUUUAGAGCCGAAUUUUCUUAAUGGUUCUAAACUAAAAGUGAAAGUUAAUUGAUAAUGAAUAAAUAUGAACUAUAUACAUACGUAUCUUUUGAAUUUGUGCGCGAUCAAUCAAUGAAUUUGAAAAAGAGUUUCUUAAAUUGAUAGAUUUAAUUCCUUGUAAUAUUUCACCUGUGACCAUUCCACUAAAAUACAGUAGUUAAAUAAAAUAGGUCGUGUCGUAUAGGGAAGUGAAAUCUAUGGCAGGGAACAGAGCAGAACGGAAAACAUCGACGAGAAACUCAUACGCCGUUAAGAAUUAUUUAAUGCAAUUUAAACAUUUUAAACCAAGCUACUUUACUUGUCAUUUUCCACCUUUAGAUUUCAGAGGUUUAAGAGUCGUGUUUUAUUUUACUACUUAAUUUUUUCAACGCACUCUUAAUUUUAUUAACAUAGAUGUUUAUAACAGUUUAUUUAUGCCAUAUUUUCGAUCGUAUAAUGUCCUACUAAAUCCGGGUCACAAAGGAUGUCCCACAAACACGGCGCUACAUUCGCUGACAACAACAACGUGGCCAGUCUGUUAUUGAUAUUAUUUCGUGGCUCUGUACAGUCUAUCUAAAAAGAGUAGAUAUAUUACUCUGUAUAGAUAAACUGUAUUUAGUUUAACGUUGUGUAUCAGUGAGGUCAUUGUUUUAUUUGCUUGUAACCGAAAUUUGCAGUUGUACAAUUUACAGUUUUUAACAACACGCAAUUUAGCGUGACGUCAAACGAACUUUGAGGCGAUUUUUUUAUGAAUACCACAAAAAUCUAUUCCUUGCUCAAAAUUUAUGUAAUCCAGAUUAAGAUCUGAUUCUUAAUCGAGGGUUCAAACAGAGAAAAAAACAUUUUACAAGAAGAUAACUUCGCCAAUUUCGAGAUUCCAUUACUUAAGGAAUUUAAUAAAAGUAGGAAAGCGGAUCCUAGGCUCCGAGGCUCAACAGCUGCGAAGCAGCCAGAAAUACACUCAGAUUAGAGAGAGAGAGAAAAAGAUCGAAAUUAAGAAAAUGUUCCUAUCUAAAAAUUACCAAAUAUACUUAUUUUAAAAUUUAAAGAGUUAAUAAUUUUAACGAAAUAUUACAAAGAAGCGCUCAAGAUUAUAUAUUAUUUAUCUUGAGUUCGAUCUAUAUAAGUGUACAUAAGUACUUGGAGAUUAAUGUUUGCAAUGCACUAUAAAUAUUUUGUAAUUUUGAAAUCAGUGUAAAUAGUGCCGGCGGCGAUGACGUCCCGAUAUUGAUAAUUGCAUCGCAAUCGUUUUAGUUUGAAAACUUAUUAUGUGUAAUUAUAUUUUAUUAUUAUUAUCCAAAUAUGCACCGUCUGCCGCACAUCAACCUUUAAGUACAUUGUAAAUUCGACUCUAUUACUGCUGCAAACGGCACAUACAGGGUAGCUUGAAAUGCGGUCGUUUAUACUGCGAUAUUCAUUCCAAAUAAUUAAGUGACUAAUAUUAAACACCAGUAUUAGAUACUAACACAAUAAUACUUGAGAAAGCAACUGUCGGCGUGAUUUAUUUCAUCUGUCGUCAUGCCAGAUUGGGCUCCGGCCUUACAUUAAAUUUAUUAUUUACACAUUUUUAUUAGGUUAAAAUUUGCUUCAGUAUUAGGUAAUAUAAGUAUCACUAUCGGCGGGGCUAGCACGAAUAUUGCGAGAACGUAGUCGUAUCACCGUCGAUAAAAUUAAUAUGGAAAAUGAUGAAAUGUUCGCACUAGCCCCCAUAUAAUAAUCACACAAAUUAAGUAGUUUGAAUGUGUAAGGUCUAUAGUCAUAGAUGCCGGGUGCGUGGCGCAAUCAUUAAAAAAUAUUUUUUUUGUACAUAAUGUUCAUUGUGAAGAUAUUAAUAUUAAACUCAAUACUAUAAUAUAUUUCCUAUGAGUGCACUAUGUCUUGUACAAAAAUAUCUGGAUGCUCACUUAGAAAAUAACAGAUUUCAAUCUCUUGUUAUACAAGCAGUCCAUUUAUAUAAAAAUUAAAAUCGUAAACGAGAUUUGCCUCCCGCUUCAACCACUCGGUGUUGCUGGGAGAUGCAUCGUUCGUUAUUUAUGUUUGACGAGCAAGCUACUUGCAUGCGUGUGCAGCGACACGCGCCGGUGGCUAGCAUGCAAUUGCGAAAGUUCUCCACUUCCGCUAUCAUACAAAUAUAUAUAAUAAAGAACCGCACGGUAAAAUAUAUUUUGCACUUUUUGGUGUUUCACUUGUCAAUCUUUUGGUAAUAAUUAUGACUAUAUUACUGUUGUUAUGAUAUUUAAAAGAAUAAAUGAUAGUGUACGGUCAUAAAGGCUGUUCAAAUUUGUUCUUAAUUAAAGUCAUGGAUGUCUUAUGAGCAUGGCAUUUUAUUUGAGACUGUAAAUGUGUUUUAUUUAUUCAAUAAAAUAUUUAUAUAGA